GCUCUGCCAAGUAUAACAAACUCAGAGGCCUCGGUGUCCGGCUGGUGCACCUGGGAGGCCCUAGUCGGGACCUCUAGGGGAGAAGGCGGGCCGGCCCUAGGGGCUGCUGAUGUGGCCCCAGGGCUGAGUCCAGGCGGGGUCUGGCCUUGGCCCCAGGCCCCCCAAGGAGCCGGCCCUAUACUCCAUGGGGUUGCCGCUGCCCAGGGAGAAGGGGCACAUUCUCUGCCUGUGGAGAAAGUUCCGUAGGUGGUUCCAGAGACAGGAGUCAUGGGCUCAGAGGCGAGACGAGCAGAACCUGCUGCAGCAGAAGAGGAUCUGGGAGUCUCCUCUCCUCACAGCUGCCAAAGAGAACGAUAUCCAGGCUCUCAGCAAGCUGCUCAAAUAUGAAGCCUGCGAUGUCCACCAGAAAGGAGCCCUGGGGGAGACGGCACUGCACGUGGCGGCCCUCUAUGACCACCUGGAGGCCGCCAUCGUGCUGAUGGAGGCCGCCCCGGAGCUGGUCGACGAGCCCAUUACCUCUGAGCUGUAUGAAGGUCAGACGGCACUGCACAUGGCCAUCAUGAACCAGAACGUGAACUUGGUGAAAGCCCUGCUCGCCCACGGGGCCAGUGUCUCUGCAAGGGCGGUAGGCUCAGCGUUCUGCCUCAGUCCCCACAACCUCGUCUACUUUGGGGAGCACCCUUUGUCCUUUGCGGCCUGCAUGGGCAGCGAGGAGACCGUGAGGCUGCUCAUUGAGCACGGCGCUGACAUCCGGGCCCAGGACUCCCUGGGAAACACAGUGUUGCACAUCCUCGUCCUCCAGCCCAGCAAAACCUUUGCCUGCCAGAUGUACAACCUGCUGCUGUCCUACGACGGGCGCGGGGACCACCUGCAGUCCCUGGACCUCGUGCCCAAUCACCAGGGCCUCACCCCCUUCAAGCUGGCUGGAGUGGAGGGCAACACCACGAUGUUCCAGCACCUGAUGCAGAAGCGGAAGCACAUCCAGUGGACGUGCGGGCCGCUGACCUCCACUCUCUACGACCUCACGGAGAUCGACUCCUCAGGGGAGGAGCAGUCCCUGCUGGAGCUUAUCGUCACCUCCAAGAAGCGGGAGGCUCGCCAGAUCCUGGACCAGACGCCAGUGAAGGAGCUGGUGAACGUCAAGUGGAAGAGAUAUGGGUGGCCGUACUUCUGUAUGCUGGCUGCCACAUACCUGCUGUACCUGGCCUGCUUUACCACGUGCUGUGUCUAUCGCCCCCUCAAUCCCAGGACCCACAACCAAACUGGCCCCCGGGACAACACCCUCCUACAGCAGAAGCUACUGCAGGAGGCCUAUGUGACCCCCGAGGAUCACCUCCGACUGGUUGGGGAGCUGGUGUCCGUCUUCGGAGCUGUCAUCAUUCUGCUCAUAGAGAUUCCAGACAUCUUCCGCGUGGGGGUCACUCGCUUCUUUGGACAGACCAUCCUUGGAGGACCGUUCCACGUGCUCUUCAUCACCUACGCCUGCAUGGUGCUGGUGACCAUGGUGAUGAGGCUCACCAACACCAACGGGGAGGUGGUGCCCAUGUCUUUCGCCCUGGUGCUGGGCUGGUGCAACGUCAUGUACUUUGCCAGAGGAUUCCAGAUGCUGGGCCCCUUCACCGUCAUGAUUCAGAAGAUGAUUUUUGGCGAUCUGAUGAGAUUCUGCUGGCUGAUGGCUGUGGUCAUCCUGGGCUUUGCCUCAGCCUUCUUUAUCAUCUUCCAGACAGAGGACCCUAACGAGCUGGGCCAUUUCUACAGUUACCCCAUGGCGCUGUUCAGCACCUUCGAGCUGUUCCUCACCAUCAUCGACGGCCCUGCCAACUACGCCGUGGACCUGCCCUUCAUGUACGGCGUCACCUAUGCUGCCUUCGCCAUCAUUGCCGCUCUUCUCAUGCUCAACCUCCUCAUCGCUAUGAUGGGUGACACUCACUGGCGCGUGGCCCACGAGCGGGACGAGCUCUGGAGGGCCCAGGUCGUGGCCACCACAGUGAUGCUGGAAAAGAAGCUGCCUCGCUGCCUGUGGCCUCGCUCCGGGAUCUGCGGGCGCAAGUUCGGGCUGGGGGACCGUUGGUUCCUGCGGGUGGAAGACAGACAGGAUCUCAACCGGCAGCGCGUCCGGCGCUGCGCGCAGGCCUUCUGCAACCCAGGCUCCGAAGAUGACGUGGAAGGACGGGGGCUGGGCGGCCCCUUCGGCCCCCACCCGUCCCCUCCUGCCCCCUCGGUGUCUCGAAGUACUUCCCGCAGCAGCACGAACUGGGAGAGGCUGCGGGAAGCGACCCGGAGGAGAGAGCAGAGGGGGACGGUGACCAGGGCUCUGGAGGACGGGCAGGGUUGGGAGUACCAGAUCUGAGUGCCUCCGCCCACACUGGCUCCCGGCAGCAUCAAGAAGCAAAGCCUAGACCUCUCAUCUGCCAGGUCCAGAGGGUAGAACACGAUAAAGGGAAACCAAGGAGCAGGCCCACGCCUCACGGUAAGCACAGGGCCCAGCGCGAAUA